GUACAAUGCAAUCUCACCCAUUGUUUGAUGGAGCAUUUCAAUGCUUAUUACCAACAAAUGUAAUUGAUGCCAGUGAUCUACGUCAAAUUCCUGAUAAUCAAGAAGUAUUUGUUCAUCCAUCAACUUCUCAAAGUAUCACUAUAGAUAUUUUAGAAUAUGUGGAUGCUAAUAAUCAUGAAGAUGCAGCAAGGAUACACUUUGAUGAAAUCAGUGAAUCUAACGAAGCUACAGAUCCAAGCAUCUCUUCCAUAAGGAUUGUAUCAUUGCAGAAUCCAGAUCCUUACUGCUCCUCCGUCGUUUUAUUGUCUGGACGGCAAAAAGUGACUAAAUUUAAUCAAUCCAAUGAAGAUGUUGUAUUCAUUCAUAUGGCUUUGUAUAGAUAUACAGAAUUUCAAGCAGAUGUAUUAGUUCUUGUUAAUAAUCCUGAUGGUGAAGAUGGUAAUAAUAUUCAUUCACCUUCAUCAGAUCACAGUCAAGUUUGCUCACGGUAUCAAUAUAAUAAUAAUAAUAAUAAAUGUUCAGAAGAUUUGACAUGGUCACGAGAUAAAAUAAACACAAUACUACUUUCUUUACGUUUAAUGAAUUCAAAUAUCUUUGUAUCUUAACAGGUAGUAGUUUUGAAUAUAAAAUAUCUGAACACUGAGUUUUCUAUUAAUAAGCAUAUAUUUUUUAAAUAAACAUUCUAUUCUUAAUCUAGUUCCGCAUUAUACUGCUUAUGAUGC